UCCAAAAAGAAAGUAGUGGAGCAACGUAAAAUACUAAUACACUAAAAUUAAACGAAUUUAAUGUAUACUUAAAAAGAAAAUAUUAUUAUUAAUUAUAAAUUAUAAUACCAAAAGUUAAAACAAUGAUUAUAAUUUUUACAAAUACAGAGUGAUUCGGUUCAAUCAAAAGCAUGGAAUUAUUGCAAAAGUUGGUAUACCUGAUCGCAACACACGGAGACACAGAGCUCUUUGGUGUAUUAGGCGGUGUUGUGUUGUGUCAUUAAUGGAGCACUGUGGAUCGACACAGUGUCGGUUGUGUGUCUAAAUGGGAAACACACAUCACUCUUUUUGACAGUAGAUUUGUGAAGUGUGAAAAAUGGUGAUGGCUGCAUCAAACAUGAGUGGCCACAUCCAAAAACAACUUACAAGGAGUCUUGAGAGAAUAUUCGAAGAAGCACAUUUGAGUGGUGAACUCAAACUUAGUGGACGCAAACUUAAAGACUUUCCAAAAGUCAAUAAGUCCGGCAUAAAAUACAAUCUCUGUGAUACUAUUAUCGCUGAUUUAUCGAAAAAUCGAUUCAGCGAAUUACCUGAAGAAGUGACAGAAUUCCAGUUUCUCGAAAAGCUUCAUCUAUAUCAUAAUGCCAUACGGUUUAUACCCGACACGAUAGUGUUAUUACAGUCUCUAACCUACCUCGAUCUUAGUCGCAAUCAAUUGACAGUUUUACCUCGGGAAGUUUGCGGUCUUCCCUUGCAGAUAUUACUUGUCGCUUAUAAUCGACUAGAAGCGUUACCUGAAGAAUUAGGCCGUAUGACAGCGCUUGCUGAACUAGAUGUUGGGUGUAAUGAAAUCUCUACUCUUCCAUCUAGAAUAGGAGACCUUCCUAGACUUAGAAUGUUGGACCUUAGGCACAAUCUUCUAGUACAAUUACCUAUAGAAUUAACAUAUCUCAGGCUUGUUAAGUUGGAUAUAAGUGGUAAUCGUAUAUCAGUACUGCCUAGUGAGUUGAGGAAAAUGAAAAGUCUCAUCGAUAUCAAACUAACAGAUAAUCCAUUAACAUCACCACCUGCUUCAUUAUGUGCUCGCGGGCGAACACAUAUUUUCAAGUACUUAGAGAGGCAAGCAAUGAAACACGAGAAAAAUAGAAUGGGACGAAUGAAAUGUAAUCCUUUAGAAGCUCGAGGGCACACAACUCUGGAUAUGAAGUCACAUAAACGAUACUAUGCUGACAAUGGAUAUAGUACAAAUGACGGCAUCGACAAACGGUGGUCGCAGGAAAUACAUAGUGACGGUGGAGAUCUUCAAAAACGAUACCAAAAGAAAAAAUUAGAAAGGAGUGCUUCAGAAAUCGGUGUUGUGUCAAAAAAAUCUGUAAGCCCAGCACCUCAAGAUAAUUCUCUAUCACUAAGCCAUUCUGAGUCAAUAUCAAACCAACAACAAGUAAUUGGUGUACCUAAUCAUGCGUAUAAUGAUGGUUUAACUCCCAUUCUGGUCAAUUCUGAUGAGAAAAAACUUUCUAAUCACACUCAAACAUACAAAGAGUACAAAGAGGCCUUAAGACAACAAAGAGUAAAUGAAAAUUCAAGCGUUUACAGAUCACGAGAUCAAUCUUCUACAAUAAACAAUGACUUCCAUUCUAGCUUUACCAGUACAAGUACUCCAAAUGAAUCAUGGACUGAAAAACAUUCGUUUAAUUCUGAAAAUAGUAAUAAGAAAGAUUUACAGAAACCAAAUUUUCCUAAUCUCAUAUUGCACAACUCAUCAAUAGGAAAUAAUGAAUAUCAAGUUAAUGGAACAGCUGACGAAAAGUAUUUAGAGCAACCUUACAAAAAACCUACAUCACCAACAAACCCAAACAACGAAUACAUACCAAGGGUGCCAAAAACUGGAGUAUGUUAUGUUGAUGGUAACAGUGAAGAUGUAAAUAACGGAAGCUCUAAAAUCUGUAAAUCAACUGUGUGGAAUAAUAGCAAUUCUGAAGCAUACACAUUUACUAUGAGGAGGGAAUUUGAGCGUGCCAAAGAAGAAGCAGAUUUGAUCGAUCAAUUAAGAAUAAAUAUUGAAACGAGACUAAAAAUGGCUCUUCCUAAGGAUUUAGCACCUGCACUAGCUGAUGGUGUUGUUUUAUGCCAUCUUGCAAAUCAUGUCAAACCUCGGUCUGUUAGUAGUAUUUAUGUUCCGUCGCCAGCAGUGCCAAAGUUACCGAUAGCUCGAUGUAGACGUAACGUGGACAAUUUUUUGGAAGCUUGUAAGAAAAUAGGAGUUGACGAGGAGGUGUUAAUGGAUGCGGAAGCAAUCAUGGAUGUGGGUUACAUAAAUUCUUAUGGGCUGAAAGCACUAAUGCGUCUCAUAUCGACUCUUCUUCUUGUUCAUCGUGAAGAUGUUUGUGAAGAGAAAAAUGUGGGCACAGCUAGUAGAAGGAAUAAGGAUCGUGUUUUAUCAGCAAUCCUUAUUUUAACAUUCUUAUCCAGUUUAAUCUUACUAUACAUCUUCCCAAUACCUAAUUGAGUACCUUUUUAUUUAUUUUAUCUAAAAGUUUUUUUUUAUUGUAAAAGAUAAUUUGGCAAAAACUUUCUAUGGAAAAAUUGUGAUUCGUAAAACUAAAAACGUAAUGACGACUCUAUAAUCGCGAAUAUUAAGCAGCUAUAGAUGAAUAUUUUUUUAUUACAACAAUCGUUAUGAUUUUUUGUGCAUUUUGAAGAAACUAGAAAAGACUUAAAAACAAAGUAUCAGAUUUUAUAAUUUUAUAUCUUACAAAUAAUUUUAAGUAACUGGCAGCAAGUGUCAUUCACUAUUUUUAUCUAAGUGAAAUAGCAUUUAAUGAAUAGAUUAAAUAAAAGUAUUUCUAUAUUACAACUGCCUGAUGACUUUUACAAAUUAACAAAGUCAGGAAGUCGUUCAAAAAUUUGCGGAAGCUUUUAAUUAUUUAUUAUAUCAAUUCUCAGGGUUUUGAUAUCAUUUGAAAAUAAUAGUACUUAUGAGUAUUUUUACUUUUACAAAGCUUUUUCUAUUUUGCUAGUCGUUAUAUUGUAUUAAACUAUUUAUUAUUAAGUCGGUUCUAAGCGACGCUUUAUUGUCUAAUAAUUCUGAAUGAUAAUAAUGGCAAGCUACAACUUGUAAUGGACGACAUCAUUAUAAAACUGAGGAAAAAGAAACAUUGGAAAAUGUGAUUAUAUGGUACUUCAUCAAAUUAAACGCUUUUAAUUAUAAAAAUAAAACAAAUAUUGCUUAUCUAUGUAUUAUAUUUAAUUAUGAAUAAUAACAUGCAUCGUGAAUUUUGAUUGUUAACUAUUAUUUAUGCUAUAGAUUGAAUUUUGGAUAAAAUUUGUACUAUGUAUAUUAAGAAUUUUGUACUAGCUAUAAUAGUUUAUAAGCAAAAAAAAUUGUUUAUUGUAUUUCUUUAAUUUCUACAGUAUUCAAAUUUAUAUUCAGCAAUUGUAUUCGAGUUUAUUUAAUUACAGUUAUUAUUUGUGAUCAAUAAAAUUGUGGAGAUUUGAUAGAAUUAGAAUUCAGAUUAUGACAAAUUUAAUAAGGCUUUAAAACAUUUUAUUGUAUAAUAAUGAAGGGUUUCGAUAAAAUAUUUACUUGAUAAUCCAAGGUUGUAACUUUCCACCGAGGAAUAUACUGCAUUAUUAAUAACCCAAAGUAUUGUAAUAAAGAUAUGCAA